UCGCCGCCUCCGCGGAGUCGCCGCCGCGGCCCGCCGGGAGACGAUGGCCCUACGCAAAGUCUGCUCGGUGCUGGAAGUGUUGCUAGUAACAAUCCUUGUUGUGGAAGGGAUUGCUGUUGCACAGAAGACACAAGGUGGGCAAAAUAUUGGAUUGAAUCGCAUUCCUCCUACGCAGUGUGAUAACUGGGUACGGACCAGUAAUGGAGGACACUUUGCUUCACCAAACUACCCUAACAUGUACCCACCAAAUCAAGAGUGCAUCUACAUCCUGGAAGCUGCUCCACGGCAAAGAAUUGAGUUGACCUUUGAUGAACCUUAUUACAUUGAACCCUCAUUUGAAUGUCGGUUUGAUCACCUGGAGGUUCGAGAUGGACCUUUUGGCUUCUCCCCUCUAAUCGAUCGUUACUGUGGUCUGAAAAGUCCUGCACUAAUUAGAUCAACGGGGAGAUUUAUGUGGAUCAAGUUUAUUUCUGAUGAGGAGCUGGAAGGAAAGGGAUUUCAAGCAAAGUACUCAUUUAUACCAGAUCCUGACUUCACUUACCUAGGAGGUAUUUUAAAUCCCAUUCCAGACUGCCAAUUUGAGCUCUCGGGAGCUGAUGGAAUAGUACGUUCCAGUCAAGUAGAACAAGAAGAAAAAACAAAACCAGGACAAGCAGUUGAUUGCAUAUGGACAAUUAAAGCUACUCCAAAUGCUAAGAUCUAUUUACGAUUUCUGGACUAUCAAAUGGAGCAUUCCAAUGAAUGCAAAAGAAACUUUGUUGCUGUAUAUGAUGGAAGCAGUUCCAUUGAAAACCUGAAGGCAAAGUUUUGCAGCACUGUAGCAAACGAUGUCAUGCUGCAGACCGGAACUGGUGUGGUGCGAAUGUGGGCAGACGAAGGCAGCAGACUAAGCAGAUUCAGAAUGCUCUUCACUUCAUUUGUGGAUCCUCCCUGCUCAGGCAACACUUACUUCUGCCAUAGCAACAUGUGCAUCAAUAAUUCUUUAGUCUGCAAUGGCAUUCAAAACUGUGCAUACCCCUGGGAUGAAAAUCACUGCAGAGAAAAAAAAAAAUCUGGAUUGUUUGAACAAAUCACCAGAACACAUGGAACAAUCAUUGGCAUAACAUCAGGGAUUGUUUUAGUUCUUCUUAUCAUUUCAAUUCUAGUGCAAGUAAAGCAACCUCGCAAAAAGGUUAUGGCUUGCAAGACUGCUUUCAAUAAAACUGGCUUCCAGGAAGUAUUUGAUCCUCCACAUUAUGAACUGUUUUCACUGAGGGACAAAGAAAUUUCUGCAGAUUUGGCAGAUUUAUCAGAAGAACUUGAAAACUAUCAGAAAAUGAGACGCUCUUCAACAGCUUCCAGAUGCAUUCAUGACCAUCACUGUGGCUCUCAGGCCUCCAAUAUAAAGCAAAGCAGGACAAACCUCAGCUCCAUGGAACUUCCCUUCCGCAAUGAUUUUGCACAACCUCAGCCAAUGAAAACAUUCAAUAGCACAUUCAAAAAAAGUAGUUACACUUUCAAACAAGCACAUGACUGCCCUGAGCAAGUCAUAGAAGACAGAGUGAUGGAGGAGAUUCCAUGUGAAAUCUAUGUUAGAGGAAGAGAAGAUACAGCACAAGGUUCAUUAUCUAUCGACUUUUAAUUUCCUAGUGAAGGUGGUAUCGGUGUACAUAAAGGAUGCUUGUGUAUAAGGACAGUGUAUAUAUUAAAAGUGUAUGAUAUGCAGCGUGUGAGAUGCACACACUUUUAGCCUAUUAUACUUCAUUAAAGAAAAAGUCUUCAUAACUCACUCUUGCUGAAAAACAGUGGACUUCCUCUCACUUUUCCAAGCUACCCAUUCAGCAAAGCAAAAGACAGUUUUUGCAUGGAAAUUUGAAGUUAAGAAUAUUGGAGGAAGAACAGCCACUAUCAUAUAGAUCAGCAAAAACAGUGACUACUAUUCUCCUCUUCAUUUCAUUUUCUCUUCUUUAGAUGUCCGCUUUUCAAGGCAAUUUUAAUACCUCAGUUACAUAAAUAAAAGUAGUUAAGCAUACCAUAUGUAUGUCAACAUAGGUGUCUGAUUGUAUUUGUCAAACUGAAAGAGUUAGAGUUAAGUGCCAGUUAAGACUCAAGAAUUACGUUACAGCCAUCUGUUUCAUCUUGCCUACCAUUUUAUAUUGCCUUUAAUUAUCAGUUCCUCACUCUAUGCUUUUUGAGAAAUAGACAUAAAGGAUUACUGCCUCUUUAAAAGAUAUUGAGCUAUAUUAAUUUGGGAAUAUGAUCUUUGCAGCUUGCCAUUAAACACAAAUAAGCACUCA